AAAAGACCAAAAACUUAUGGGGUCAAAUUCGAAACACUGAGAAAAAUCAUAUGUUGCGGAGGAAGCCGAUAAGAAGAAGAUAAGACUAGAAAGCGCUUCUCUCAUCUCUCUGCUCGGGAACUGAAUAAGCUUCGCCAAUGGCUUCUUCGUCUUUGUCACUCUCGUGGAGCUCCUCGCUUUGUUCGUCUCACACCUUCAAUGUCGUCGGAAAUGAAACACUAAAAGUAUCCCAGCGAAGGUCUACUUUGGAGGUUGUUGCCCAGAAGAAAGCCAAGAAACUCCGCAAGGUAAUCUUGAAAGAGGAUGUGUUGGACUUGGGCAAGCAAGGGCAAUUACUGGACGUGAAAGCCGGUUUCUUCAGAAACUUCCUCUUGCCCACUGGAAAGGCUCAGCUCAUGACUCCGCUUCUGCUCAAUUCUUUUGCUAGGGAAAUGAAGAUGGAAAACGAAAGGAUAGAGGCAGAAAAGCAAAGGGUGAAAGAAGAGGCGCUACAAUUGGCUACCGUAUUCGAAACCGUUGGGGCUUUCAAGGUUAAACGCAAGGGCGGUAAGGGCAAACAAAUAUUUGGAUCUGUCACAGCACAAGACCUUGUUGACAUCAUCAAGGCGCAGCUCCAAAGGGAUAUAGACAAGCGCCUUGUCUCUCUUCCGGAGAUCCGUGAAACGGGAGAAUACAUAGCCGAACUCAAACUUCACCCUGAUGUCACUGCUCGCGUUAGGCUCAACGUUUUCGCCAACUAACAACCUUUCCAAUAGUCAAAGACUGCUACUGCUGCAUCCCCAAGGUUGCAGGAACAUAGAGAAAGGGGGGAAGAGAUUGGCCAGGAUCAAAGUUUGUGAAGUUUUUCUUGUUAAAUCUUUUGCUGCAUUUGUCUUUUUUGCUAUUUAAAAAAAAUAUUUUGGAAUCUUGAAAAUGUUAUAAAUAUUUUCUUGAAGCUAUUUUGUAAUACAUUUGUCUGUUGAAGUA